UUUCAACUAGAAAUUGAAACACACGCUAAUUUGAAACUUUCUACUACAAUCACUAUGCAUUUUCCUCCUACUUUCCACUUUAAAACGUUUGGUACACUUCCAACUACUUAAACAAUCUACCUUAAUUUCCUCUAAACCCCUCCCCUUUGGUCAACUUCCUUAAUCCUUCCUCUUCUUCACUUCAAUCCAACAUUGCUUUUGGUUUUGAAAAUUUGGUUUUUUUGUUGUUUUUGAACACAUGGGGUAUUAAAGAUUCCUCUUUUACAACAUGGGUUUACUCAAAAAAGUGUUUUUUUGAAGUGAAUUACUGAUUCCUAAUUUGGGUUUGUUUCUAAUUUUGAUAAAAAUGGUGUCUUUUCUAAGAAAGUUAAGAACUUCUUCUGUUGCUUCAAUGGAGGAAACAGAACUUAGCAAUAGCAUUAGUAGUAGCAAUUAUGAAUAUUCUUUUGCUGUUGUUUACACUGGUCCUCCUCUUAAUCAUUCAAUCCCUGAAAUCCCUACUUUCAAAAUUGAUCAAAUCCCAAUUGCAUCCAUAGCUCAAAAAACUCAUGAUUUCAAUGUUCCUGUUAUUCAACCUCUUGGUAAACUUCAUCACAAAAAUAAGCAGAAUAAACACAAAAAACCCACUUCAGAUUCUACUGUUUAUCCAAAUUUAGAAUCUCAUCAUGUAGUUGAAGUUGAAACAUCAAAAACUGAUGUUAAUGUUAAUGUUGAUGUUAAUGUUGGUGUUGAUGUUGAUUUGACAUCAUGUGAAGUUGUUGAUGAUGUUCCUAAAAAUUCUGAUACAAUAGAGUCAGAAUCAAGUUUAUUGUCUGGUUCUUGUGAGAUUUGUUCAAUCAGUGAAGAAUCUGAAGAGGAUGAAACAGUUAGAACAAAACAUGUUAAACAACCUUCCGCGGUUACAUUCCGCGACCCGGAAUCAAAUUACGCCGAAAGUGGCAAGCUUUUUGAUUGUGUAUCUUUGAAGCCACAUGCAAUUAGACCAGGAAAAAAAGGGUCUUGUUAUAAGUGUCUUAAAGGGAAUAGUUUAACUGAGAGAGAGGUUUGUAUUGUUUGUAGUGCAAAGUAUUGUAGAAACUGUGUGAUAAGAGCAAUGGGAUCUAUGCCCGAAGGAAGGAAAUGUAUUGGUUGCAUUGGUUAUGGAAUUGAUGAGAACAAAAGAAGGAAUCUUGGAAAAUGUUCGAGGAUGAUGAAACAGUUGCUUUCUGAGUUAAUUGUGGAUCAAGUUAUGAAAGUUGAAAGGUUAUGUGAAGCUAAUCAAAUAGAGCCUAAGCUUGUUGAAGUUAACUUGCAAUCACUUAAUAAAGAAGAGCUUAAGUUGUUGCUUAACUGUAAAAAUCCACCAAAAGAGCUUAAACCGGGAGCUUAUUGGUAUGAUAAAUCUUCUGGAUUUUGGGGAAAGAAAGGUCAACCACCUUGUGAAAUCAUCAGUCCACGGUUGGAUAUUGGUGGUCGCUUGAAUAAAAACGCAAGCAACGGAAACACACAUGUAACGAUAAAUGAUCGCGAGAUUACGAGAAGAGAGCUACUGAUACUAAAGUUAGCAGGAGUACCAUGUGAAGGAACUCCUAACUUUUGGUUGACUGCUAAUGGAUCAAUCAGCGAAGAAGGACAGAAGACCGAUAGGGGCUGUAUAUGGGGCAAGGCCGGAACAAAGGUUGCUUGUGCUAUUCUGUCACUACCAGUACCUUCAAAAUCUGUGACUCUUGCCGAUGAAGGUGAUACAGUUAACAAUCUCAGCAUUCAUAAGAAAACAAUUCAAAAAUUUCUACUUGUCGGUUGUGUCAAUUCUGGAUCAUGUACUAUAUUUAAACAGGCCAAGCUUCUUUAUAACGCACCUUUCUCUGAAAAUGAGCUUCAAAAUAUCAAGUUGGUGAUUCAAAGCAACCUGUUUACCUACCUUGGUAUACUUCUGGAAGGGCGCGAAGAUUUUGAAGAUGAGAGUUUGCUCGAUAAUAGGAAAAGAUUGCCUUCCGAUGAAUCCACUUCAUCUGCCGGAGAUUCUAGUGAAAAUGUUGAUACAACACCCUAUUCAAUCGGUCCAAGACUGAAAGGUUUCUCAGAUUGGUUACUGAAAUGCAUGUUGUCAGGUAACAUGGAGGCAAUAUUUCCGGCUGCUAUACGUGAAUAUGGGCCAAUGGUGGAGGAUUUGUGGAGGGACGAGGCCAUUCAAGCGACAUAUAACAGAAGAAAUGAACUAAAAAUGCUACCUAGAAGUGCUAACUAUUUUCUAGAUAGGGUAAGGAUAUACUUCACAUAUGAUUAUUCCAUAUCAUUGAUACUCCUUUGUUCAAUAUAUCUGAAUAAUAUAUCUCUUUGGAUGCAGGCUAUUGAAAUUUCUAAGGUAGAUUAUCAACCCUCUGAUAUGGACAUUUUGUAUGCUGAAGGGAUAUCAUUAUCCAACAGUCUCACAUCGAUGGAAUUUUCAUUUCCAAAGUCAAGCAGAGAGGAUUGUUUGCCUCUUGCGUAUCAACAUGAUUCUUCUCUCAGAUACCAACUAACAAGAGUACAUCCUAAAAGCCUUGGAGAAAACUGCAAGUGGUUGAACAUGUUCGAAGACACUGACGUUGUUUUGUUCUGUGUCUCCUUAAGCGAAUAUGAUGAGUACGUUGUUAACGACAACGGAGUUUUUACAAACAAAAUGUUGGUAUCAAAAAACCUAUUUGAAAACAUCAUUGCUCAUCCAAAUUUCAAGAAUAAGAAAUUCGUUUUAAUACUAACCAAAUUCGAUCUUCUUGAGGAAAAGAUCGAACAUGUUCCUCUAAAAACGUGUGAAUGGUUUUACGACUUCAAUCCAGUUAUAAGUAACAAUACAAAAAAAGGUGCUAACAAUGGAACUAUGCCUUCAUUAGCACAAAGUGCUUUUCAAUAUAUUGCUAUCAAGUUUAAGAGAUUGUUCCAUUCGCUUACCGAAAGAAAUUUAUUCGUUUCUUUGGUUACUGGAUUGGAACCGGAUACGAUCGAUGAUGCUCUUAGAUAUGGUAGAGAGGUUAUAGAAUGGGAAAAAUGGGAUCCUUCUGUUGUUAAUGAGAAAUCUGAGAUAACUUCAACAAGCAUUGAAGAAGCAAGUUCUUUUUAAUUAUAAUAAAGUUUAAUUUCUUUCAAUUAAUGUAUUUGUAUAAAGAAUCAUAAUAGUUAUGUAAAGUGCAUAGAUGAGUUUAUGAAUUCACAUAUAAUGGUGAAUUAGUGAUAACUCAAUAGGGGGUUCAUCAUUUUUUUUUUCACUAUUUGACCCCAAAUAUUUAAUUUGUAUUAGAGUUUUGUUCUUAUUUGUAAUUUUUUUUUUACAAAUUUCUAAUGUAUAGAAACAAUUAAAGGUGUAGAGGAGUAGAAAGGAGAUUUCUUUUUUUUCA